AAACACAAGCCAUAGUGAUAUAUAGUUUGAUAGAGACACCUAAACCACAACACUUCUCUCUUGUCCCUCACAGAUUCUUCAUUCAUUCAUUCAUUCUCCAAACACUUUUAUCUUUCUCUUUUCUUCUCCCUUUCUUACUCUACCUUUUCAUGGCCCUUUUCCUCUAUUUCCUGCUUCUCUUGGCCCUCACUGGCCAUUCAAAUGCUCUGUACUGUUUAUGCAAAGAUGGUGUAGGUGAUCAAGCACUUCAGAAAGCAAUAGAUUAUGCUUGUGGGAAUGGAGCUGAUUGUAGUGCUAUUCUCCAAAAUGGAGCUUGUUACCAACCAAACACUGUGAAAGAUCACUGUAACUAUGCUGUUAAUAGCUAUUACCAAAGGAAAGGUAAUGCUCAAGAUAGCUGUGAUUUUUCUGGUGCUGCUUCCACUAGUCAAAAUCCACCUUCUACAUCUUCUGGUUGUGUUUACCCCUCAAGUCCUAGCAAUGCUGGAUCAGGCUCUACAACACCCUCAACCGGUACACCAGGAACAUCACCUUCCACUACACCAUCAACAGGCACCGGCACCGGCAACGGCACCGGCACUGGCACCGGUUUUGGAACAGGGAGUCCUACUGGUGUGUUUGGAAUAAGUCCAUCAUCUUCAACUGGUGUCAAUGAUGGGAGUGGAGCUGCUUUGAGUCCUUUACAAGGCACCAAAACCAUGUUUCUAAUGUCCCUUUUUCUUACCUUAUUGUUAGUCUUGAGGGUCUAGAUUAAACUUGUUUUGCAUAUGUAUGGACCAGAUUUUGCAACCAUAGUCAUCAAUUCAAGCAAUACCCAUUUUUUUUCUUUUUUGGAAUAAAAAAGGGUAGGGGAAUUUGGCUUCAUUAUCAUCACUUUAUAUUUGAUUGAUUUUGACUACAUAUUAGUGUAGAAACAAACCUAGUCAGUUUUCUUAGCUUUGUUCCAUUUGUAUAUCUAUGACUAUGAGAGGCACUAUUUCUUAAUUUAAUGGAACCUCCUAGCCCAUAUAUAAAUUAUUUUUUUAAUCUA